UUGUUUUAUUUACUCGCUUGGUACAAAAAAAAAAAAACCUCCCCUUCCUGUUUCGUUGGUCUGGAAACCCCUUGCAUUCCUAACGAAGACGAAGACGAACACGCGGACUGAAUUUAAGGUGAUUCUCCUGACAAUAGGCUACACUGGAUAAAGAAUCAUCAUGUCUGCCCGACUUCGAGUUAUACUGCAAGAAGAAAUCCGCAAGCUUUCCUUGCCUUCAGGAAUACCGCAGACUCUAGAGGAAUUGAAGCAUAUUGUACAAGAAACAUUUGCAAUACACCAAGAUUUUAGUAUUCAGUUCCAGGACCAAGAUUUUAAAGGUCAGUUUUUUACUCUCCUUGAAACGAAUGAAAUAAAGGACAAAGACACCAUCAAGGUGGUCCUUGCUGAACCAGUUAUCACAGUAACUUUUCAAGAUUCUUCUAAGGAUCAGGGAGUCCCGGAUAGCUUUGAUAGCAGUUGCACUGAGUUAUUGGAAGAUGUUGGUUCCUGCUCCACUGCAUCCAGUGAUACCACAAUUCUGUCUUCUCCAGGUAGCACCUCCUCCCUUCGUUCUGUGCCUUGGCCAGCUCAGUUUGUAAUUCCUACCUUCUCUUUUGACACGGAGCUCAUUCUUCAAGCAGCAAAUGAAGCUAACCUAAAGGACGGAACCUUACUUUGCAAUCCUGCAGUAAAAUCCAACAUUCUGGACAAACUAGCAGAGAGCAUCUUUGUCUACACCGCCUAUCCAUCAAGUGCACAAAGGGAGCAGGUUGCUGAGGCCCUGGUUAUGAAACACCCAUGUUUGAGGGACCCAGUAUCCUUCAAUGGUCUAUAUAGUUGGCACAACAGCCUGAAGUACAAACUUGGAAAUUUCAGAGCAAAGGUGAAACAUCUUGGAAUACCAGAGCUAAAUGUCAACUGUCUCAAGAGAAAGUCAGCUGCAGAUAAAACCCCAGCAAAAAACUUAAAAAAAGCAAAGAAAUCUGAGGUAAAUUAUCUCCCACCUCAUCCUCAAGGCGAAACUGAUACAUCCCUUGAAAAGGAGAGAGUGGAGCUUCUCUACGAGUACAAGAAGAGAGACAACAACAGUGUCAUUAAUGAGAAGAUGGCAAAAACCUUCUCAUUGCGUCGUAAAGAUGUGAUCCAGAAACCACUUGUUAUUGACUUAAAUGCUCGAUGGCCUGCCCUGUUUGAGUUUUCCCAGAUCGAGGAGGAAUUCCGGAGGAUCACACUGAAGCCACUACAGUCCACAUUCUUUGGGAAGUUGGACGAAUACACGCCUAAAUUGUUGAGACUCUACAGGAGGAAGGGAGGAGCUGUUGGGAAGAAACUUGAUGAGACCCUUGAAAUCAUGAAUGAGGCAUGUACUUUUAAAAUUAAAGCAGUUACUUUAAUGUUGUAGCAUUCUUAUAUCUGUACUUAUAGGGUCACAAAAUUGAAUUUCUGUCAUUCAUUUCUUACCCUCAUUUCGUCCAAAACCUUAAGACCUUCUUUCAUUUUCGGAACUCAAAUUAAGAGUUAUUUUUUUUUUAUAUAUAAAAUCUGAGAAUUUUCUGACCCUCCAUAGACCGCAACGUCAUUGCAACUUUUAAGGUCCAGAAAGGCGGUGAAAACAUUGCUAAAAUAGUCCAUGUGACUCCAGUGGCUCAACCUUAAUGCCAUGAAGCGGCCAGAAUACUUUUUGUGCACAAAAAUAAUGACAUUGUUCAACUAUUUUAUCUCUUCCAUGUCAGUCUCCUAUGCUGUUCACGUAGUAAACACAGCGUUGCCUUUCCGUGUUCUACUUAAAAAAAAAUGCUGGCUCAGUAUUGGCCUCUGGUUGGCCAGCUCCUGCGUCAGCAUCACAUGCAUGCAUCAUUGUGCUUGCGUGAACCGUGUCGGCCAGUAGUAAGCUGGUGUUGAAGCGCAA